UAUAGUAAGACGUUUAAGUGGUUGAAUCAUUCAUUGAGUAUUAGCUAGUGGCUAGUAAGCUAUCUGUGAUAAAAAAAAAUAACCGCGAGAAAUUUGUGAAAUAAAAAAAGUUUAAAAUGUCUUAUACGCCAAAAGAUCCAUCCACUAUUGAUUUACAAAAUAAUUUGUCCGCCAAAGAUUCUCAUUAUGGUGAAAAUAUUAAAUCAAUAUCCGAAAAUCGUUUGUCCUCCAAGAGUAAUGCUAUCGUGGCUUCAGAAAAGGAAAAAAGUUAUUCGUAUGAAGAAGUUUUGAAUAUAAUCGGUUUUGGCAAAACUCAAUAUCUUAUGCUGUUGAUAUGUGGCCUCUUGUUGAUGAUGGUCAUUUGUGAGACCAUGGGAAUGAGUAUUAUCACCAUUGCAUCACAAUGUGAUUUUGGAAUAAAUUCCAUGGAAAUGGCCCUCAUGAGUGGGGCGGCAUUUAUAGGCAUUCUCUGUUCAUCAUACGUCUGGGGUUACCUGUGUGACAUCUAUGGACGGAAACCCAUACUGGUGUAUACCACACUCACAGGCAAUUUAAUGUCACUCAUAUCCAUAUUCAUACCGAAUUUUUGGCUUUUUGUUUUUGUACGAUUUGUGGUGGGAAUAUUCAUCGCUGGUGCCUCUUCCACCACCUAUGCCUAUCUGGGUGAAUUUGUAGCCAUUCGCCAUAGACCAGUGGUCAUAAAUUUCACCAGCAUGUUCGUAGCCUUGGCUAUGACUUAUGUUCCAGCCAUUGCUUGGCUAGUAUUAUCCAUGGAUUGGUCGCUAGUAAUCAGCGAUAGUUUCUCCUUUCGCCCCUGGCGUUUAUUGACGAUAUUCAAUAUUUUACCUGGUUUCAUUGCCAUACUCGUCAUGACUCGGGCCCCAGAUAGUCCCAGGAUUUUGAUGACCAGACGUAAACAUGAGGAGGCCUACGAAGCCACCAAUUGGAUUGCCAAAUUGAAUACAGGCAAAACUUUGAGGGAUUUUAGUGUUCAUAAAAUUUAUGAUGAAAAUCCUACGGAAACGGAUAAAUUGAUACCGACCACAAAGUCCUUUUUUUUCUAUGGCAGUGGACAGAUUAUGAAACAAAUGUGGUUGGAUACCAAGCCAUUGUUCCAGAAACCUCAUCUGUUGAAUUUUGUUAUCUGUUGUAUUGUCAUGUGUGGGGUAUUCUUUGUCAACUCCGGCAUGGGUCUCUGGUAUCCAGCCAUACAAAAUCGUUUGGGAUCCAUUGAUGACAAAUCCAGGAUGAGUAUAUGUGAAGUCAUUGAUGCCUCUAUAGAACAGCAGAAUACAAAUGGCACAGAAACUGUCUGUGAUGACACUAUAACACGAAAAUCUUACAUUGAUUCCAUAACCUUCGGUUUGGUUUAUCUGGGUGCCUAUUUUGUGCUGGGUUCCAUUAUCAAUCCUUUAGGACGCAAACGUACCAUAAUUUUGCUCUUGACUGUAUCCGCGACAUGUGGCAUUAUUCUGCAUUGGCUUCUGGAUCCCAUUGCUAUUGUGGCCAGUUUUAUUUUGUUUGUAAUGCUUCCCGGUCUAUGUGUGUCCAUAUUGAGUGGAGCUGUGGUGGAUUUGGUGCCCACACAUUUGAGAGGAAAGGCUGUCUGUAUUUGCUUGAUGUUGGGCCGGUCGGGCAGUGUCAUUGGCAGUAAUAUUAUUGGAGUUCUAUUGGAAUCUUAUUGCGGUAUAACUUUUGGUGUAUUCUAUGCCAUAGUUCUUGUUUGUGCGGGUCUUACAUUACUUUUGCCCAUUUAAAUUGUGAUCUCAAAUUCGGAAGUGGUUGUGAAUCCCAGUCUAUAUGUUUUAUUUAAGUGUAUGUUAAAAUGUCUAAUAAAUAGCUUUAGUCUCAGUGUUCAAAUAGUUUUAGGUUUAAUUUUAAGUUUUACAUGCAAAAAUAGCUUUAGGUGCGGUGAAAUUAGAAAAACAAGUCACUAAUAAACUAAUUUUAUGAAAAACA